UUUCGAUUUAGUCCCUAGUUCGCAUAGUUUGUGUCAAUAUCGCUUUGGUUUCUCGCUCCGUCAUUCCGUCCAGCAGAGCACUCCGAGGGCUGUGUGGUGCAUAGAAGAAACGAGAAACGAGUGCUGUGUUUCCAUAGCAUUUUCCAUCUGCAGCUUUUGUGUCACACAAAAAAAAAAUUAAACCCAAUCGGAAGAAACUCCCGCUGUGAAAAGUGCUCGAAACAAUCGCACGAGUGCGUGAGCUCGUGACUGAGAGUAGCUGCGCUCGGUGGAUAGUUUGUGUUUUUUUUUCGGGUGAGAAUUGAAGGACAACAGCCACGUACACGCAUACGUAAUAGCAUUCGCUCACUUAUUACGAAAGCUGAAGGACUACUAGCCUUGCUCGUAGGGAAGGAACGGAAGUGAACGCACGGAGCUUCAAAAUGUUAACGCCACGGAUACUUAGAAUAGCUAUAGUAUUAUGCAUCCUCAUCGCCAUCUUCUCGCAGACUACAGAUAGUGCUCAAACAAAGCGCAGAAUACGACGACCCACUAGUCUGAAAUCGACUGCCGCCAAACAGACCGUAGAGGACAACCAAAUUCCAGUCAAAAAGGUCGCCCAGGACCGAUCCGAUCAGGCCCCUGCCUCGGCCACCAAUCGCUUCCGCGUGCGAUCGAAAACGCGUGGUAGUACAGCACUAGCAGCCGGAGCUACGGCCGCCGUCGUAGCCGGAGCGUCCACCAAUUCCCUGGUCACCAAGAAGGUCCAAGAUAAGGAUGGAUACAAGAUUGUUUGCUACUACACCAACUGGUCCCAGUACCGUACCAAGCUCGGUAAGUUCGUCCCGGAGGAUAUCCCGGCUGACCUGUGCACCCACAUCAUCUUCGCCUUCGGUUGGCUCAAGAAGGGCAAGCUCAGCUCGUUCGAGAGCAACGAUGAAACCAAGGACGGCAAGACCGGUCUGUACGAGCGGAUGUUGGCACUGAAGAAGACUAAUCCACAGCUGAAGGUCCUUCUGGCCAUCGGUGGUUGGUCAUUCGGUACCCAAAAGUUCAAGGAAAUGUCCGCUACCCGGUACGCCCGUCAGACCUUCAUCUACUCGGCAAUUCCAUUCCUGCGCCAGCGUGGAUUCGACGGUCUGGAUAUGGAUUGGGAAUACCCGAAAGGAUCGGACGAUAAGAAGAACUUCGUGCUGCUGUUGAAGGAACUGAGGGAAGCCUUCGAAGCCGAGUCACAGGAAAUCCGUCAAACAAGACUGCUGCUGACUGCUGCCGUCCCAGUGGGUCCAGAUAACGUCCGUGGAGGAUACGACGUCCCAGCUGUGGCUAGCUACCUCGACUUUAUCAACCUGAUGGCCUACGAUUUUCACGGCAAAUGGGAACGUGAAACCGGACACAAUGCCCCACUGUAUGCUCCGUCAACGGACUCGGAAUGGCGCAAGCAAUUGUCGGUUGACUACGCAGCGAGUUUGUGGGUUAAAUUGGGCGCUCCCAAGGACAAACUGGUCAUCGGUAUGCCAACCUAUGGACGAUCUUUCACUCUGUCAAAUGCCGAUCGCUACAAGGUAAACUCCCCGGCUAGUACCGGUGGUAAGGCUGGAGAGUACACUAAGGAAUCUGGAUUCUUGGCAUACUACGAAAUUUGCGAAAUGUUGUUGAACGGAGCAGCGUACGUUUGGGACGAGGAAAUGAAGGUUCCCUAUAUGGUCGAUGGCGAUCAGUGGGUUGGCUUCGAUGAUGAACGUUCGAUCCGUAACAAAAUGGUGUGGAUCAAGACGAACGGAUUUGCCGGAGCUAUGGUGUGGACUGUGGAUAUGGAUGACUUUAGCGGAACUGUGUGCGGUGGAAAUGUCAAGUACCCGUUGAUUGGAGCUAUGCGAGAAGAGUUACGAGGUGUCAGCCGUGGUAAGGAUGCUAAGGACGUGAACUGGUCCGAGGUUGCUGCUACCAUCCAGGAGAAGGAAGAGGAGAUGCCCGCUCCGAUCAAGAUCUCCAUCGAUGAGGUGCUCAGCAAGGUCCAGAAACCACAGAAGAAGAUCAUCAAGCUAGGUUUGGCUUCUUCUGAGAAGAAUUCUCGUCCAGGACAGGUCUUCUGCUAUCUGACCAGCUGGUCCGCCAAGCGCCCGGGAGCCGGCAAGUUCGAACCCAAGGACAUCGAUGCCAAGCUGUGCACGCACGUUGUUUACGCCUUCGCCACGCUCAAGGAUCACAAGCUGACCGAAGCCAACGAGAGCGAUCCGGACAUGUACGAUGAGGUGAUUGCUCUGCGCGAGAAGAACCCCGAGCUGCAAAUUCUACUGGCUAUCGGAGGGUGGGCUUUCGGAUCGACCCCCUUCAAAGAACUUACCUCGAAUGUGUUCCGUAUGAAUCAGUUUGUAUACGAAGCAAUCGACUUCCUGCGCGAGUACCAGUUCAACGGUUUGGAUGUCGACUGGGAGUACCCACGUGGUGCUGAUGACCGUAAAGCCUAUGUUGAUCUGCUGCGUGAACUGCGAAUUGCGUUUGAAGGUGAAGCCAAGACUGCUGGACAACCACGACUGCUGCUGACGGCCGCUGUUCCUGCUUCCUUCGAAGCCAUCGCUGCUGGAUACGACGUACCAGAAAUUUCCAAAUAUCUAGACUUCAUCAACGUCAUGACUUACGACUUCCACGGACAAUGGGAACGCCAGGUUGGACACAACUCACCUCUAUUCCCCUUGGACACGGCCUCUGCCUACCAGAAGAAACUGACCGUAGACUUCAGUGCUCGCGAAUGGGUCAAGCAGGGAGCUCCCAAGGAGAAGCUUCUGAUCGGUAUGCCAACCUACGGACGAUCGUUCACCCUGGUCAAUCAGACACAGUUUGAUAUUGGGGCUCCAGCUUCUGGAGGCGGUCUUCCAGGAAAGUUCACGAACGAGGCUGGCUUCUUGAGCUACUACGAAAUCUGCGCCUUCUUGGGAGUGGACAAUACCACACUGGUGUGGGACUCUGAACAACAAGUGCCAUUCGCCUACCGCAAGGAUCAGUGGGUAGGAUUCGACGACGAGCGAUCCCUCAAGACUAAGAUGGAAUGGUUGAAGGAGAUGGGCUUCGGUGGAAUUAUGGUCUGGUCUGUCGAUAUGGACGACUUCUCCGGCCGAUGUGGAGCUGGUAAGUUCCCGCUGUUGAAUGUGCUCAACGAAGAACUGAAGGACUACAAGGUUCACAUGGAGUACGACGGACCCUAUGAAUCCUACAACCCACGUGGCGCCUACACCACCAAAGAUCCCAACGAAGUAAUUUGCGCUGAAGAGGAAGGCCACAUCAGCUACCAUCCGGACAAGAGCGACUGUACUCACUACUAUAUGUGCGAAGGAGAACGCAAACACCACAUGCCCUGCCCAGCCAACCUGGUCUUCAACCCGAACGAGAACGUCUGCGAUUGGCCUGAGAAUGUCGAGGGCUGCCACCAACACACGCAGACCCCUCCGGCGGCCUAAUUCGGACUUCGCCCCAUUUGCAUUGUCAGCAUAAUCACAAUAACCCCCACUCCACACCCGCACCACAUUCCUUUAGGCGUAGCAAGAUAAAGAAGAUAAUUAUGGAAAAAUGAGUAGAAAAACUGCCAAGCUAGAGAGCCUCGAAACAUUUAUGUAACAGAAAAUACUCUAUAUUUCGGUCGUCUUUGGGUGAAACUCUGCCCUGGGGACACCAAUCGGUCGACAAACUGUUGUAAAUAUCUUCAUGUAUCCCUUUAGCAACCGAACAGCACCCGAAAGCUCCACCAAUCUGAAAAGAACAACUUCAACUGCCAUUCAUUUUUGCUUACUAACCUACCGGAGAAUACCGCGGAUCAAAAUUUAUUUAUAAUCUCAAUCCUUCAAACACAAGACCAUAUGACAAACACUGUUCGUAGAGACAUUCAAAAAUCGAGCACGACCCUCUAUUUACAACUCUAAUGUUUAUCAAGUACUAUUUAUAUACAAAUCCUUAAGGAAGAAGCCCCUUUUAGAAUUAAGUAUUGUUUAAAGUUAGUACGAAUAACGAGAAAUGAGCGGAAAGCAAGCAAAAACGAUGAAUAGCGUUAUUCAUCCCUAAUCGUAAAAAGAUAAAUCAAUCGAAAACAAAUACAGACACGCACACAAACACAAACGAGUGGAAAGAAAGCAGCUUCAUAAAAUUAGGUACUAACAAUUUCGUUGACCAGCGAUCCCCCGAAUCUUAUUCUUAUUUCGUGCAAACACUCACUAAUUCGAAAACUCCGUGUAAAUGUGUUUUUUUGAGUAGAUGUAUAAAAUCUGUGAUAAUUAAGUGUAUAUACAAAAACAACGGUACGGAAAGAAAUACAACCAAGAAGAACCCAAUCAUCAGCAACCAGCAGCCGUGUGUGCCGACAUCUGAGAAGAAGCUCCCUCCGUAAACCAUUAACUGAAGAAGAAAAACUAAAACAGACAAAUGAAGCUACUAAAAUCCGUAAAUAUCAUGUAACCGUGACUCGUCGACAGUAGGAAGAUGAACGAGCUGCUCAUUUUCUAUUUGUAAGAAAAUGAACGCCGUGGAAGAAUGCCACAUUUGCACUAAGCAGUUGCGUUAAAUCUUCCGAAGUAGACAUGUUUAGCCAAGAGAAAGAAAUAUGGAAAUUAAAGUUGCACUGGAUCACUUUUGAGAAGAAAAUACAAGCAUACAAAGCGUCUGAAAGAAAGAAUUGAAGAAAACAAAGCGAUGCAGCAAAAACAAGAAGGACGCUAUAUACGAUUACAAACAAACAAACGUUGACUAAGUGUAAAAUAUAUUGUAUGUAAUGUACGAGAAAAAUAAAAAUUAUUUUUAAAUAAAGAAUUAUUUAAAUUCA